AUGGGCACAGAAACCAAAUUCAACAGUUACAAGGAGAACACCACUGCAACGACUGGUAGUGUUUUUCGUCCGAAAGUAGCGCACAAUGGUUCGUCGGCAACAGCAAUAGGUGCCGGUGUUGGUCAAAAGUUGCAUUCAUCAAAUGGUGCAUUGAACUCUAAACAACAACAGCAUAGCGAUAUCACCAACGGGAGCUCUGUAACUCCAGUUUUUGUACCCAUACACAUUGGCGACGACGUAAUUAGCGGUGCCAAAGAGGUGCUGAAAGUGAUAAGACCACAGUGGAAUAUUAGCCAUGUACAAUUUAAAGUCAACGAUGAAGCUUUCGGUGGUGGUGGUAACACCGUUUAA